AUGAAAUACUGGCCUCACUACCAGCAUGAGGAUGGAGAGGAAGACUUGUGUGCUCAGUUUGAGCAUAGGUUGAAGCUAGAGAUCCGUGCUGCAGUCAGUGUGUUUCACCUGAUUGACUUGCCCACUUUGGUGAGCAAGUAUAGAAUCUUUGAAGCCAACUUAAAGGGCAAGACCGUGGACACUAGGGGGAGUGGACCCAUGAGAUAUGGAGGGCCACACAUGUUGAGGGACUGCCCACAGCCACAGACUAAUUAUGGCAACUGCGGGAAGUUGGGGUACACUGCUAAUGUGUGCUGGGCUACUAAGAAGAGUGGCAGUAUGAGUACAACUCAAAGGCCUGGACCGAGAGGAAGCACGGAAUCGAGUAGGGGCCAAAGCCAAGACAGAUUAUUGGAUGUGUUGUUUGACUCGGGUGCUACGCACUCAUUUAUUUCCAUGGAUUGUGCGAAGUGUUUGGGCUUAUAUGUGAAGGAAUUGUCGUGCAAUGUUGUGGUGACUACCCCUACGGGUAAACCGGUUGUAACUUUGUGGGUGUGUCUAGGAUAUUCAAUAAUGAUGUAUAGGAGAAACUUUGAGGUCAACUUGAUCUGUUCGCCUUUUUUCCAGUUGGAUGUACUAAUGAGAAUAUAUUGGCUAGUUGCCAACCAUGUGCUGCUGGAUUGCAGAAAAAAUACAUUGAUUUUUGGUACAUUGACUUUGGAAAUUCUUAGACUGUUGAGUCAAGGCGCGUGGGAGAACACGAUGAACGCUAAGGCCUUUAUGGUCAUGUUCUCAAUGGAAGCAGAAAGUAUAGUGGAGCCAGAGUACAUCCCGGUAGUGAGAGACUUCUUAGAAGUCUUCCCUGAAGAAGUUUCAAAAUUGCCACCUGAGAAGGAGAUAGAGUUUGUCAUUAACCUCAUCCCGGGAGCAAGUUCGAUUUCUGUGGCACCAUAA